CACUAUGGUUGUCGAGACCGUGCCGUAACCCGUUUUUACUGGUAGCGACGCCCCUCCAGGACCCCCAAGCCCCAUUUCUUCUCCUGACGGCAUGUCUCGAGCUCGCCCCGUCCAUUACUUGCCAGCUUGCACUUGCAAUCCACCACCUCACCUCACUUCGCCAGUCCUUCCGUUUCCUCCCCGAGCCUCGACGCCUCGACUGCUCCUCGAUACCCAACUUCCGCGGCACUCCUAGUAUGGCGAGCGGGAGCGUGCAUUAACCAAUCGCGUUCGAUUCUUGCCUUUUUGUAUUAGUGCGCCCCCCCCGGUCCUGUUCGCCGCUCUGGCUUUUGCGCUUCGUACACGCGCGCCCCCUAUCUCCGUCGCUGAAUCCUGACCUUGCUCGACAGGUAUCGCAUCUUGUCUUUGGCCUACCACCUAGUAAUUGCACCCUUCCAUUGUACCGCGACAAUGGCUUCCGAGCUGCCUAGCUCGACGUGGCAUCCGGCGUUAAUGCCCAACCGCACUGAUGUCGCCACGGCCGCCGUUCGCGACUCUGACCACCCGACCGAGCCCACCGCGGGAUCCGGAACCGACAGCCCACAAGAACCGACCGCAUCGCGCGUCGAUGCCGAUCCUGAAAAUGGGCAGGAUCAUGCCGACGCGUGGUUUGCCAAUGACCACGACGACGGAGAUGGUGACGCCUGGCUGGCUUCUGACGAACCAACGGCUGAAGUCGCGCCUUCGUCAACAACUCCGGCACCCGAACGCGCAGAAGAGGCGCAGGAUGACGGCGACGCUUGGCUCACGAAUGAUACAGACGACCACGGUGGCGAUGCCUGGCUGGUGUCUGACGAUGCGAAACCACAUGAUGCCGCCGAUCAAGAGGCCGCAGACCAAGACGCCAGGGCCACGCCACCCACGGAGACCUCUUGGGCGCCGGCGACAAAACACUCCAGCUCCAUGUCCUUUGCGCGGACUGUGUCCCACGACAUAAACUUCAACGACGACGACGGCACCGAAUUCAGCCCAACGCGAUCUGACGUAGACACGUUUAGCUUCAUGCCACCUACGGACCGAACCAACUCGUUUCCCGUGGUACCUCCCAUGACCACCAGCUCAAACGAAACCACCGACCAACCUCUUCCGGCAACCCAGGCGCUGGACCUCCUGGAGGAAACCGAGCGAGAAGCUGAAUUCGAUGAGCAGCGAUACCUUGCGGGAAAUACAAGUGAAGAGCUGGAUCCUUUGGAGAAGGUGGACACUGGUCGUCCAAAGCAUGCCGCAUCCCGCUCUAUUGGAGGCGAGAUACAGGAACCUGACGCGAUCGAGGCACGUUACGAGGAGGGGCUACCGUUGAUUCCACAGGUUGAGCAAGGGCACGACGACGCACAUGACCAUGGCCAACGCGCUUUCACCGAUCCCUUCGCUGACGAUGACGGCAACGAAGACGGGUUCUUUUCGCAGACACAGACGACGGAGACGCAGCCAGACGGCGUCGCGGACAAUAUCCAUCCUAUCGAGCGCAAGUCUACUAUGCAGGUUCUGGGGUCACUGGACCAUGAGCCCUUAUCGCGACAGAGCACGCUGGAGGAAACCGUGGAAGAGCAUCAGGAUGCUGCAGAAGAGCACCAGGACACACCGGAACAGCAGACCAGUGAGGAGGCACAGCCACCGGCCGAAGAUCUGGCAUCUAAGUGGCAAGAAGCCUUUGCUAGUGAGGACGACGAGGGCGACUUUCUGUUGGAAGAUUCUGCGGCAGAGACCAAGGACAUCGAUGCGGCCGCAUUCCUCGGAAGUGAUGACGAGGGGUUCCUUGACGACGACGAUGUUGCGCAAGACCCCCGACCUGCGCCAGCUGCCACCUCACAGUCGCUGACAACCAACCCCUAUGCCCCCUCCGCUGUCGCUCCGCAGCCGACGCCUACAGCCUACACACCGGCAGCCGCUAUCCCGCCGACACAAACUUUCCCGUACCAGCAGGCCACGGCGCCAACUCCAUUCGGCCAGCCUCCGCCCCUGCGGCCAGAGAUGACGAAAGCUCAAAGCUUUGCAGACAAAGCCAAGGGCGGCUAUGCGUCCCCGUACGACCUACCCACGGACCUUGUGGGCACGACCAUCAAGCCAAGGAAACGCGCGAGCAUGCAGCAGCUUCCCAAGGAUUUACCACCGGCACCACCGAGGAGUGCGAGUAUGACGUCCCCGAACCGACCACCCUCCACUGGCCCGCCUUCCGCUGCAGCACCGCCUUCGGGUCCGCCUCUGAACCCGAAGGCCUCGGCCCCCGCUCUCCGGAGCCAGAGCGGCUUCUUCGAGGAUCUCCCGGUGCAACCGAAGCCUCGCCCAGGCUCACGACAGAGCAACCGGGCACAAUCCCCCAGCUCAUACACACCCACUAGCCAGCAACCUGCCUCCUUUCCGCCCACUGCUGGUGUAGCCCCUCCGCCGGCGAGCGCGCCUCCACCGCAACAGUUCCCGCAUACACCUGGCAUCACGAACCUGGUCGCCCCAGAGAGAGUCAGCCCGUAUGCAGCGCUUCACUCCGCUCCGCCGAUGCCGCCACCUUCGACCGGUGCCACAAGGUACUCCCCUGCUCCUGCUCACCAACCGAGCCCUCAAAGUGCUCCACCCCCGGCCUCUGCCUCUCGCUAUUCACCAGCGCCAGCUCACCGUGCCGGUGGCUCAUACAGCCCUUCUGGGCCUGCCACACCAUCGCAAGGCGCUCACCCGCAUCUCCCCAGGACAUCAAGCCCCUUGGCCCACUUCGACUCCAGUGUCGAAAAGCUGCACAGCGCUGCUCACGGUCCGAAUGGUGACGUACAUCACGUCGACCGCCGAUCCAGUUCCUCUUUCGAACCCCGGCUUAGCCGAGUUUCUUCACUCCCACCUACUCGCGAGGUCGACGAGGAGGACGAGGAAGAUACUGUACCCGCCAACAGAUCCUUCAGCACCAGCCACCCGGCGCCUCCUGUCGCCAGCGUCGAAUCCAAGUACAGUCCCGCCGGUCCACCAGCCGCUCGUCACACUCCGCCUUUGCCUUCCGCGCACCAUGCAGCGGCUACGUUGUCUCCGCCGAAGCGCACAGUCUCGAACUAUAUGCCCCAUGCGGUAUCAGCACCACAAGUACCACAAGUGGGCAUGGUGCCGCCUGCACGUGCGUCGACUCAGUCUCCCACUGCGGCUCAUCGGCAGUACAAGCCUGCCGAAGCGGCACCGCGACCUUUAUCCUCACAUGCAUCAGGGGCUCCGCCGAUGGCUAAGACAACGCCUGCCGCUCAUGUGCCCGCGAGGACGCGCGGUCAAUCAUUGACAAUGAACAUGGUCGCUCCGACAGAUGGGCGAGAGCAAGAUCCCCUGGGGCGAUGGAAAGGUGCUCCUCUUAUCGCCUGGGGCGUGGGAGGGACGGUUGUCACCAGCUUUCCCCAAAGCGUUCCGCGGUAUAGCAUGAACCAGACGGCGCCAACUAUCGUGCGAACUGCCGGCGAGGUCAAGGUGCGACAUAUUAAAGAUAUCGAGCCACUUCAAGACCGCCUAGUCAAAUUCCCUGGUCCUCUGAGAGGCAAGUCAAAGAAGAAGGAGGCUCUUGCCUGGCUUGUGGCAGGGAUCGAUGCGCAGGAAAAGGAGUUGCCGGAGAUAUCUUUCCACGCCAAUCUCUCGCUCGAAGCCAAACGAGGCGUCGAGCGUUUACUCCUCUGGAAGCUGCUUCGUGUUUUCGUAGAACACGAUGGUACGCUCGAGGGCACUCCUGCUGUUGAAAAGGCUGUUAGGGACAUUCUUUCUCCAGGGACUGUGACUCCCACCGCCGACAACGAUGCGUUGUUCCCGACUGCCGCUUCCUUGGGAGCACAAGGCGGCCCGGUAUCCUCCAUGCAGGCGGAUGGUGCCGAUCCUGCAGCCAUGGAGCAGAUCCGUCUGAACCUCCUGAAAGGCGAUCGAGAGACAGCUGUGUGGUCAGCAGUGGAUAAGAGGCUUUGGGGCCACGCCAUGCUGAUCUCCCAGACCGUCUCGCCCGACUUGUAUAAGCAAGUCGCCCAGGAAUUUGUGCGCAAGGAAGUCAACUACCCAGGCCACAGCAACGAGUCCCUCGGCGCCCUCUACAAGGUUCUUUCUGGCAAUUACGACGACUGCGUGGACGAACUUGUGCCGUCACAUGCCCGCGCCGGUUUGCAGUUGAUGACAACGGAGAGCGCUUCGGGGCCAGCCCGAGAUGCGGUUGAUGGCCUAGACAAGUGGCGUGAGACGGUUACCCUCAUUCUGAGCAAUCGCAGCGUAGACGACAUCCGUGGCCUGAACGCGCUUGGAAGACUCUUGUCCAGCUACGGCAGAGCAGAAGCUGCGCACAUUUGCUUCAUCUUCAGCCGAAGCCUGUCCGUCUUCGGCGGCCUCGAUGAUGCAAAGGUGGACUUCGUGCUGCUUGGCUCGGAUCACAGGCGGCAGUCUGAUCAGUUCGCCAAGGAGACCGAGGCUUUGCAGCUCAGCGAGGUAUACGAGUACGGGCUGUCGCUUGGCAACAGCGUGGCCGCCGCCGCCGGUGCUCCUCAUCUUGCUGCGUACAAGCUACAGUACGCGAUAACUCUGGCGGAAUAUGGCUAUCGCGACAAGGCACUCCAGUACUGCGAAACAAUUGCCGCCGCAAUGGUAUCACAAACGAAGAGGUCGCCGCAUUAUCAUGUUAUCCUCGAGGCUGCUGUCGAGGACUUCAUGACCAGGCUCAAGCAAGCCCCUAGGGAAUUGUCCACGUCAUGGAUAUCCAAGCCGAGCAUGAACAAGGUCUCCGAUAGCAUGUGGAACCGGUUCAACAAGUUUGUGGCUGGAGACGAUGCUGAUGGUAAUGGAAACGGGACGGGAGAAGCUGAGAACGGACCUUUUGCACGCAUCGCGUCCUCGCCGAAUCUGAGCAGGUCGCCUUCCGUGUCCAACUUUGAGGUGUAUGGAGUCUCCUCGCCGGGAUAUACGUCCAACCCUGCUCCUCAUGUCCCGGCGCCCCUCGCCUCCACGGCAACAUCUAGGUACGCGCCGGCUCCGACUCAGUCGACUGGGUCCGCAAAUCCGUACGCCGCGUCACACUAUCCCGCGGCUCCUACAUCGUCGGGCCGGAACUCCAAUGAGUAUUCUCACAACCCUUACGAGCCUGCUCGUCCCGACGUCAAUGCUUCAGCUGCCCCGGUGGGCAACGGCUACGCCCCUACGGGCUAUGCUCCUGCUGCACCUGGAUACCAGCCCGUCUCGGCAGAUCCUGCACCUGCUCCUGCACCUCAAAUUGCCAGCCAUGAGCAUACCGCGCCCCAGCAGCUGGCGCCCAGUGGUUACCAGUCUUACGGACUGCAAGAAUCUCCAAGCAUCUAUCCCAGCGCAACGUCCAACGGUGAACCGACAUAUCCCCAAAGCCAGGGAUAUCAGCCACCGGCCUACGGCUACGAGCCGCCAUCCAUGGCUCCCGCUGUUGAUACGGUUAGCUCCGAGCCAGCAGCAGACAGCGGUAACGGAGGGUAUGAGCCUCCGUCGUUCCAGCCAUAUGGCUACGAACCGCCAUCUUAUCAACCCGAACCUGAAGGCGAAGGCGAUGAAGACGCUGCAAAACCCAAGAAGAAGGGUGUCAUGUAUGACGAUGAAGACGAUAUCCCCGCGGUAAAAGCCCAGGGGAAGUCAAAGGCCGACAAGGACCGGGAGAAUGAGGAAAUGUUCCGAAAAGCUGCCGAAGAAGACGCCAAGCGUGCUGCCUCACAGCAGGCGGGUAAAAAGGGCUGGGGCUUCUCCAACUGGUUUGGCGGCGGUAAGAAGGAGGAGGGUAAUAUCGGGGAAGCGUCUCCUGGCAAGCCAAUUCGCGCCAAACUCGGCGAGGCAAGCAGCUUUGUCUACGAUCCUGAGCUGAAGCGCUGGAUCAACAAGAAGUCCGGCGCAGAGAACACGGAGGUUAAGAAGGCAACGCCACCGCCUCCGAGAGCGAUGGCCCGAUCUGCGAGCGGCACGCCGAUGCCCGCCGACGUGACACCUCCGCCCUCGGGUGGCCGAUCGAGCGUUCCUCCUCCCUCUGGGCCCCCGCGACCGACAGCAGGCCUCACGCCGCAGGCCUCCACGGAGAGCCUCACCGCCACCCCUCCGACCUUGACGCACUCGGCGUCGAAUCCAAACCUCGCGGCAGGCCCGCCGAGCGGUCCGCCCAGCAGGCCGGCGACGAGCAUGAGCAACGCCAGCAGCAUUGACGACUUGCUCGGUGCGGCGGGGCCGCGCAAGGGCGGGACCAAGAAGCCGAGGAAGGCUGGGCGUUAUGUUGAUGUCAUGGCGAAAUGAGCAUGAGUGACACGCAUUUGGGACGGUAUUGCAUGAUGACAAUGGAAGGCUGCUCGGCAGUUAUGGGUGGAAACAUCGUCCGCGGUGGAGAGCUCACACCGCUUCGAAGCCGAGUGCUUCUUCCUGGGUUUUUGCUAUAGAUUUGUAUGAAGUAUCAUGCCUGGGAGGGACGACUGUACGAUAGAUGGUCUUUCGGCUCGUUUCAACAGCUGUAAUAUGUUUGCGAUCCCAUGUGGACUCCCACCACGGGAUUAUAUAUAUACAUACUUUGCGAAG